AUAUCCUCCUUUCCUUGCCUUUUUCUGAGAGGGCGAUAGCGAGAACGAAAAACUAAAAAAAAUAAAAAAAAAUGAAACCGAGGCUUUUGAAGAAGAUGAAGUUGGAGAAGACGGUCGAUGACCCAAGUGUGCUAGAAGAAUCCAUUUUGUGGAAGACGGUUGAUUACCCGAGUGUGCAAGAAGAAUCCAUUUUGUCGAAGACGGUCGAUGACCCGAAUAUGCAAGAAGAAUUCGUUAUGUCUUCCAUAGAGUAUCUUAAGAAAAGCAUAGCACAUCACAAAUCUAAGUUAGAGGAAGAUGAGAAGAGGUUGCAUGAGUUAGAAUCUCAGCUAGCUCGACUUCGGCCCCAACAGGAAAUCUUUGACUUGCAAAGUGAAGGGAGUAAAAGGAAAUUUGAACAAAAGGACCACAAGCGCUUAAUUCCGUUGGUACGUAGCUGCUUGUCACCAUGCACAAUCCAUAUGCAACCUUGUAUCAGCAUCUCCAGUCAACAUAAGAGAAAGUUGAGAAGUCUUGUGCUAAAUCCAGUUAAUGAUCAGCUCUUUGUGACAAGUGCAUUGGAUGGGAUCGUGAACUUAUGGAAAAUUGAGGACCAAGGGUCUUAUGCAUCUUUACUUAGUGAAACAGACUGUAUUUCUCCAAAGCAAAGGAAAUGGCCUGAGGAUAUAGCUUGGCACCCACAUGGAGAUAGCAUAUAUUCUGCGUAUACUGCUGAUGGUGGUGAUUCCCAGAUAUCGAUUUUGGAUUUAAAUUCCUCGCAUAAAAAAAGAGUUACCUUCAUAGAAGAAAAGCCUCAUCUAAAGGGGGUUAUAAACAAUAUCACUUUCAUGCCUUGGGUUGAUAUAUGUUUUACAACUGGUGGGAGUGACCAUGCUGUGGUUCUUUGGAGAAAUGAAGAUGGUAAAAACUCAUGGAAAGUGGAGGCCUUACAUCGACAGUUACAUUCUUCAGCUGUUAUGGGAGUUGUUGGAAUGCAACAGAAGCAGAUGGUGAUAUCUGUAGGCGCGGACAAGAGAAUUGUUAGAUAUGAUAUACUGGCAGAAAGAGUUGAUUACAAACAUCAAAUUGAAAGCAAAUGCAUGAGCGUCCUAGCUAAUCCAUCUGAUUUCAACUUGGUCAUGGUGCAAACAGGGGCUCCUCAGAAGCAACUUCGGCUAUUUGAUAUUAGGCUAAGGCAGGCAGAGAUUCAUGCGUUUGGGUGGAAACAAGAAAGUAGUGAGUCACAAUCGGCUUUGAUAAACCAGGCAUGGUCUCCUAAUGGUUUAUACAUCAGCUCUGGCUCGGCAGACCCCAUGAUCCAUAUUUUCGAUAUCAGAUACAUUGCUUGCAACCCCUCCCAAUCGGUGAAAGCUCACAAGAAACGAGUUUUCAAAGCAGUAUGGCACCACUCAUUCCCACUUCUUACCUCUAUAUCUUCUGAUUUGUGCAUUGGAUUGCACAAGAUUACUUAGGAAUUGCAAAGACAACUAUUCCCUGUAUCUAUCAUUCUUUUUGUUGUGUGUUUUUUGUAUAGCGAGGGAAAUUGCCCAACACCAUUGAUGCCCAACUAGUGGACCUUGUGGUGAUCCUAGUUAUCAUUUUGAUGGGCAUUGGAAAGGCAGUAAGAAUAGUCCAAAGUUCUUUGAUGGAUGGUUAUGCUCCACUGCAAUGCAUACCAUGAUUUUGGAUGGUUUGAACUGAAAUCAAUGAUCAUCUGGCAUGUGACACCUGAAAUUAACUCCAAAGUUAGAUUCCUUUAUCCAUGUAACUGUAAUCUCACAACACUUCUUUGCUAGUCUGAAGUGUGUUUGGGGGCUUGUAAAGUAUUUGGGUGGAUACUUAAUAGAAAAUGACAUUUUCCCCA